CGCCGACAACAACUUUGAUCCUCCUCUCUACUCUUUCAACAUCUGCAUCUCUACUCCAUUCCACAUCUCAUCUAUAGCUACAUAGACACUCUACACGCCCACACACACACGACUCUCACGCCCAUCACGUCGUUACUUUGGCUCGAGGUCUCGCAUCCCUCCACCGCCUUCGUGACACCCAUUCAGAUCCAUAUCGCGCGUCGCUGCCCUCUCCUCACACAGCUCAGCUCACCGAGCUCACGCAUCUUCACCACGUUGCACGCCCUCCCCCCAACUCCUCCUCCUUGACCCACUUUCGCCCCUCCCCUCAGCUCCUGCACUUGCCUUCUCGCGGCUAGCUCCCUCGCUCCGCUCGCCCCGACCACCCCCAUCCCCCGUACCCCCCACACCACACCCCCCGCCAUGCCCUCAGGCUCUUUCUCGACAAAAGACUACGCGCCCCUCGCGGACGAGGUCAAUCCUCCGUUUGGAAGAGUCGCGCCCGCCCCAAUCUCGCGCAACGGUACGAUCGUGUACUCGAAACGGUCCAGCGCAUCUGGCUCUGACACCUCGUUCAGCAGCUACGACAGAAAGGGCAAGGGGCGCGCAUACGAUGACGACGGCGAUAUCGGGAGCCGCAGCGCACACCAUGCUGCGGGAUCCAGCAACUCUUGGCAAGGCGGGGGGCCAUACUCUCAAGGACGGUAUGACGCUGCAGAAGAGCCAAGCUACCCUCCACUCAACGAGACGGAAGAAGAGGAGAAGCGAAUCCAAGCUAACCUCGCCAAGUUUGCUGCGCGAGACAGUGCGCGCCGCAAAGCCGCACGCGUGAGCAGGAUCGGUAGCUCGCCGUCCAACUCUCGCCCAAACUCGAUCACGAGCACCUCGUCGUCGUCGCAUCGCAGCCAGCCCAUGAGUCCGAUGAGUCCGCUCUCGCCCAUCUCAGAAGGCAAACGCACCAGUCUCCUUGGCCUGAGCCGCAGCAGCAGCAGCAACAAAGGCAAGGAGCGCGAAGCCGAGCCGCUCGCACAGACGGACGCCCAGCGCACCCAUGCCCACGCGGACGCCAACGUGAACCCGUACGCACCGUCGAUGCAUAGUUCGAGCCCGUUCGCCGACCCUGUCGACCUGCCGCCGACACCGACGGAUGCGGACGGAUAUGUCGGGCCGCGAUGGCGCGGCGGGGCGGCCGCGACAGAGGCGCCGGCGCCGCGCAAGGAGCGUUGGUGGCACAGCUUGUGCGCGUGGGGCGCUGACCUUGAUGGAGGGGACAGCAACCAGGCAGGCCGGACGAACCCGAUGGAGUAGGGGUGGGGUAGCAUGGGCAUGGGUAGGUAGAGAUAGAGUUGAUGUUGAUUUGUACACGCAUGGCUAGAUGUGGAUCAUGUCCAGAUGACAACUGGAGAGACAAGAGUCGUCGAGGAGCAUCAUGGACCACGGAGCGUACGGAGGGAUCAGUAGAUCGGAUGAGAUAGCGGCUAAACG